AUGACAGUCAGCAACAACAAAAUUCAACCAAUUAAUGCCGGCAAUCAUCCUCCCACAACAGCUGGCUCCAGUCAUCAACCCUUUGAAAACUUUUUUGAUGACAUGGAUCAAGACGAGCAGAGAAGCAACUCACCACUUCAGGAAGGAAUUAAAAAAGCAUCAGAGAAUAAGGCCUUUCUGUCACUUCGGUGGUUUGUGAUUAUCUCUAUUUGUUCCUUAAUAUUAUUAUCCUCGGUUUGUGUCUAUUUGGCCGUCUUUAUUGGUUUUCAUCAGGCCGUGGAUGAGUUGUCUGAAAAGGUGAUUAACGACACGAAAAGUAAAAUCGUCAUUUACAUUGAUAAGGUUCUUUCUCAAAUGAGCGUGGUUUCAAGGCUGAGUGCUGAGCAAUAUUCCUAUGGUCUGGUCACGCUUAAUUUCUACCGAAAUUUCUUCUAUACACCUUUCAAAUUAACUGGAUUGAGUGUUGGUUUUGCUUUUGGGUAUCCCUCAGAAAGAUAUUCAUACACCAUUGUUGGAAAGGAAGGGGAGGAGAGAAUUGUGUACUCGUAUCAACCACCAGGAUUUAUUGGGUCUAUUCGUGACGCCUAUUUUCUUAACGGAACCAUUCAGACUGUCAAUGAAACGGUGGAUUAUACCGUGUAUGAAGUUUCGAAAAAGGAUUACUACAACUCUUCGAUCAAUGCAGCAAAAUUGAUGGGUUCUGAAGGAGCUUUUACAGAUCCAUAUAUUGUCACCAAUGGAACGCUUUCUAUUGCAUACGGAGCCAUGUUAUAUGAUCCUCACAUUUUGACUUCGACUGGUGAAAAGGUGUUGAAAGGCAUUUGUAGAACUGUGAUGCCACUUGCAAAUAUUGUGAGGUUUAUGAGAGAGAAAAUCACAGUGCUUCAGAAUGGUUAUGUUCUAUUGCAGCAAAAUGGAACGGAUCUAGUCGUAGUAGGGAGUGUCAACACCACAUCGUUCGAUGAAAAAUCUCGAGUGAAAAUGACUGAUAUUAUUGACAAGAAUGCUGGACAGCUUAUGAAGGACAUUAAAGAAAGAUAUGUUACUUGGGAGAAUGUGCCAAACAAGUUCUUCAUUUCAAGCAUGGGAGUUAACUAUUACGUUCUUUCAUCAAUGUAUACCUUUGAAAAUAUUGAAUGGAGAAUGUUUGUUGUGGUUUUUGAGAAUGAUAUUCAACUCACCACCACUAUUAGUAUUGCUGCAUCGGUUGGUGUGGCCCUUUUAGUGACAGUAAUUAGUUUGACUCUUGCGUUGAUCAUUACAUCCAUCGUUUUGAGACCUGUGAGGAAGCUCAAAGAGCAAUUUGAACUUAUUAAGGUGUUUGAUCUAGAUAACAUCCAAAGACUCUCCACUAAUUUUGUCGAAUUGAAUGACAUUUACAAAAAUUUGUUCAAUACUGUCACUUGGUUGAAAGAAAUCAGAUCCUUCAUUCCAGAUAAGGUUCUACUUCAAUUACGUGAGGAGGAGGGAGACAAUGACCCCAACACGCCAAAUGAGUUAGAAUCAAAUAACUCAAAUGCACAUCAUCACUUGCAAAGUACUCUUGGAGCAUCAAGCUUUACAAUAACAACAACAUCAGACAAUUCAACAUCGAAAAAGCUUUCCUCAACAGCCAUCUCGAAGAAGGAAAGCUCGUCAGUGUUCAAAAUGGGAUACUCCGUAAAAUAUGUUUCUAUUUUACAUAUCAGGUUGAGUAAUUACUUGUCUGAAUUUACCCCUAAUGAAAUUAUAAGAACAUUUCCAAAAUUUGUUUCUGCCCUUGGAAGUGUCACAAAGGUAUUACAAGCAGAACUGCAAAUCAUCUCAACAGAUGAAUUAGGGGUAAUGAUUGAAACCAAGAAGAGAAGCUGCAAAGAUACCGCUCAAGAGUGUGCCCUGAAAAUUGUAAGAGCAUUUGAAAUGAUCAAUGCACAGCUGAAAAAUCAUCACAUGCCAGAAAUUAAUUACUCAAUAGGAAUUUCAACAAGCGAGUCAUAUGUUGGAAAUAUUGGAAAUCACUCCAUUAGAUAUUAUUCAGUCUUGUCUGAAUCUGUGAAAAUCUCUCAACAUUUGAGCCUCCUUGCUCUCAAUUAUGGAUUAAGAAUUCUCAUCGAUGAGAAGACUUUGAUCGGAACAGAAGACAAAUACAUUUCCAGACCAGUCGAAAGAAUUCUGAGCUCACCAGGUCUUCAUUCUGUUCCUUCUAGAAUUUACAAUGUCUAUUGUCUGGAAAAAGAGAACCUUGUUCUCGACGAUGAAUGGCUUUAUGAGCUCGAAUCAAAGAAUGCAAUAGCCAAAAUCCAAGAAUUGCAUUCCAUCUUGAAACUGUUUUCACGUUCCUCCAACGAGUCAAAUGAUACAGCUUCAGGAAUGGAAUCUAUCAUUUCAUCAAGCCUCGCCAAGCUCACAAAUUUCAUAACCGAAUAUCCUCAAGAUUUGUCCUACAAGAGAUGGUUUCGUCUCUUUGAAAAAUUCCAAGACAUGCUGAUGAGAGACAUCAAUGCUGUGGAUAUCAUCAAGAAUUAUCAUGUUUGUCUUGAGAAUACUGUAAAGACCUCCAUCGAAACACACACGGAAUAUGGAAUUAAUUAUUAA